UAGGGUCGUAGGUUCAUUGUCAAGGCCAUUCCGCGCACACCGGCCUGCGAAGUUCGGUUGUAGAAUUUGGAUAGAGAAGAAGUAUCCUGUGACAACUGUCAAAAUGAGUGAAUACCACAGACCAGAUGCAAAGAAAAUACAGACUUUAAAGGACAUCGCCAAUAAGCUCAGAAUAAACAGCAUCCUUUCGACCAAUGCGAGCAACUCGGGUCACCCAACAUCAUGCUGCUCCAUGGCCGAUAUCAUGUCUGUGUUGUUCUUCGACACCAUGCGCUACAGCACUGCAGAGCCGCGGAGUGCCUCAGCGGACAGGUUCGUCCUCUCCAAGGGCCAUGCUGCUCCCAUACUGUAUGCUGCCUGGGCUGAGGCAGGUUUGUUCCCCGAGUCCGAUCUCAUGAACCUGCGCAAACUCUCCUCUGAUCUGGAAGGACAUCCAACUCCGAGACUGAACUUCAUUGAUGUUGCAACAGGGUCACUAGGUCAAGGACUGAGCGUCGCAGCAGGCAUGGCGUACACGGCCAAACAUUUUGAUAAAGCGGACUACCGGACAUAUUGCCUUAUAGGUGAUGGGGAAAGUGCUGAGGGUUCUAUCUGGGAGGCUAUUGCCUUCGCCAGCCACUACAAGCUCGACAACCUUGUCUGCAUCUUCGACAUCAACCGUCUGGGCCAGAGUCAGCCAACCAGUCUUGGACAUGAAACAGAUGUAUACAAGAGGCGCCUGGAAGCUUUUGGGUGGAACACAACCGUUGUAGACGGCCAUGAUAUAGAGGCUCUAUGCAAAGUGUUCUUCAAUGCUGGUAGAGACAAAGGCAAACCCACCUGUAUCAUCGCUAAGACCUACAAAGGAAAGGGUUGUCCAGGUAUUGAGGACAUGGAGAACUGGCAUGGUAAAGCCCUGGGUGCAAAGGGAGAAGAGUGCAUCGCAGCCAUCAAGGCCAUCAUGUCAAACAACGGCCCUUUUGGCCUGAAGCCUGCAGUGCCCACCAUGAAGGUCCCGGAUGUGGACAUCACCAACGUGAGACUGGGGGAACCACCCAGCUACAAGAAGGAUGAACAGAUUGCUACUCGUGUUGCUUAUGGCAAUGCUUUGCUGAAGAUAGGGAAGAACAACAACAGAGUUGUGGCCCUUGAUGGUGAUAUGAAGAAUUCUACCUACUCCAACAAGUUCCAGGCUGUUUUCCCAGAACGCUUCAUUGAAUGUUUCAUAGCUGAGCAAAACAUGAUUGGUGUCGGAAUUGGCUGUGCCACUCGUGAUCGCACCAUUGUGUUCAUGAGCACCUUCUCUGCCUUCUUCACCCGGGCCUUUGACCAGAUCAGAAUUGGCGCCAUCUCUCAGACCAAUGCCAACUUUGUGGGGUCCCAUGCUGGAGUGUCCAUCGGUGAGGACGGUCCUUCCCAGAUGGCGCUAGAGGACCUGGCGAUGUUCCGCUCCAUUCCAGGGUCAACUGUGUUUUACCCCAGUGAUGCCGUUUCUGCUGAGCGGGCUGUGGAACUAGCUGCCAAUACCAAGGGGAUCUGUUUCAUCCGUGUCUCGCGCCCAAACACUCCCAUCCUCUAUGGAGCCAAUGAGGAGUUCCAAAUAGGGAAAGCUAAGAUUGUGCGCCAAGGCAACAAUGAUGCUGUGACGAUUGUGGCAUCGUGCAUUACUCUUGUGGAGGCCAUCAAGGCAGCGGACACUCUUGCAGCCAGCGGUGUCAACGUUACUGUCAUCGACCCCUUCACUAUCAAACCCAUCGACUCCGCCACCAUCAUCAGCUGCGCUAGGAAGACUGGCGGCCGCAUCAUCACAGUGGAGGACCACUACUCUGAAGGAGGAAUAGGGGAGGCUGUACAAUCUGCCGUGAGCUUGGAAAGGGACAUAAUCGUGAAGCGACUAGCAGUCCAGGAAGUCCCACGCAGCGGUAAACCCGCAGAACUGAUUGACAAGUAUGGAAUCGGUUCCAACAGUAUCGUCAAAACUGUCAACCAGAUCAUGUCUCAGUGAACGUACCAACCUCCUCUGGAAAAACAGGAAUAUAUCCAUUGUUUUCCUUAAAAGGAAACUGGCCUCUGUUACACACUGCAUUUAGGAAACGCCUCCAUUAUUGCAUGUAGGAAAUCAUUGAGGUGAUAAAAUGUUUUAUUAUUAUUUCUGUUAUGAACAGUUGUUUGUAUAUUUUUUCAAAUGAUUAUGGAUGAUUUUGAGUAUUCCAAUGGGCGUAUUGUUGUGGAAGGUAUGUAAUGUCAUUACAUUGUGUGAACACACGAAUGGCAGACAGUUUGUUGUUUUGUGAGAUCCUUGUUGAAGAAGUGUUCGUCAGAGCUCCAGUGCUUGUUGAUCAACUGUGUUAACGUGAGUUUGCAUGACAUUACUGAAACAUGUUUUAGAUUCGUACAGAGAACAGGAUUCUACUACUGCAUAUUGUGAGGAUAUUUGGAAUAUCCAGGGAAAUGUUGACAGAUUUAUUUUAUAUAUAGCUUUUUACGGUCUAUGAAAUUUAAUCAAGAGUAACAUAGUGUAUUGCUUUCUGAACUUUUAUUUCUAUUUGUUUAUAGUGCUAGCUGCUAACAUCUGUUUUUUACUACUACAUGUCAAUGUGCUAACCCUAUUGUAUGUGUAGUUAGUAGGUGAUAGGCCAAGUGUUUCACGUGGAAAUUGUAAACUUCAGCAUAAUUUCAGCCUCAUUAUGAUGCCUUGAAGUGUCAUCUUGGAAAUAAAAAUGGAUUGUAUUCUUU